UCCACCUUAACCCUGGGGAGAGCAGCACCCGCGGCUGCCCCGUGCCCAGGAAAGGCUCCUGUGGGAUCACAGGGGCGUUUAUCUCACCCGGGAUCAGCCAAUAUUUGUGGUCACAUCGGGAAAACAAGCCCUUCCUGCUGGGUCCAGCACCACUGCCCUACCGCUGCUCUCCCGGCCCCGGCUCUGCUGUCCCAGUUUGACUUGGGCUUAUCGGGACGGUUCAAGGAACCUGGUGUGCUGGGACCCCCGAAUUGUCAGCUGCCGGCACCGGGGAUGACGGCCGCGGUGGCUUUCCUGCUCCUGAGCCUUCUGAGGAUGGCAGCUGCCAAGGGAGUGUGGUGCCCAGCCUGUGGGCUUGCGGCCCUGGCCCCUACCACGCAGCGGGACAUCCUCAUCGCGCUGGCGAAGCAGAGCAUCCUCUCCAAGCUCCGCUUGCCGGACAGGCCCAACAUCACCCAGCCCACGUCCCGGGGGGCCCUGCUGACCGCUCUCCGCAGGAUGCAGGUGCAGCGCACCGACGCGCCGAUCGCCCCAGGGGUGCUCCGUGCCAGCAGCGUCCCUUACCCACACCCUGUGCUGGGUGUGCAGCACUACGAGAUCCUCAGCUUUGCCGAGUCAGGGUCUUCUACUUCCCGCAGAACCCUCCUGCAUUUCCACUUUGCCCAGGAGCUGGGUGGGAGCACCGAGAUCCUGCAAGCCAACCUCUACCUGUUCUGGGCAUCCCCUGGCCCUGGGACACACCAGGUCACAGUGAAGCUUUUGCAGCCAGACCUGACGGGGCUGAACAUGACCACGGUCAGCAAGACGUGGCUGGAGGUGCAGAGGGCUGGCUGGGCCACGCUGGAUGUGGGCCGAGCUGUCCAGAGCCUCUUCAGCCAAGGGAGCCAGAGGCUGACCGUCGAGCUGGAAAUGGUUGAGGACUCCGGGCCUCCCCUUCUGGCUGGCCACAGCGAUUCCCACUGGCCAUUUGUGGCAGCCCAGGCCCGGGACAGGAUGCCCCAUCGCGUCCAGCGGCGUGGCAUUGACUGCAGCGGGGACUCUCGGAUGUGCUGCCGCAAGGAAUUCUUCGUGGACUUCAAGGAGAUCGGCUGGGAGGACUGGAUCAUCCAGCCAGAGGGAUAUCACAUGAACUACUGCGCAGGGCUCUGCCCCUUGCACAUGGCUGGGAUCCCUGGCCUCGCUGCCUCCUUCCACACAGCCGUCCUCAACCUCAUCAAAGCCAACAACGCAGACGCAGCCGUGGACUCCUGCUGCGUGCCCACGCAGCGUCGCCCCCUCUCUCUGCUCUACUAUGACCGGGAUAGCAACAUCGUCAAGACCGACAUCCCUGACAUGAUCGUUGAUGCCUGUGGCUGUACCUAACCUGCCACCGGAGGAGGCCUGGGGGCAAGACGGGUGCUGUGCGGGACUCUCCUCCUCCCAUCUCCUCCUUAGCAGUGCAAGAGCUGGAGAGCUGCUGCCAGGCAUGAGCCCUGCCAAGGCAUUUUCUCCUCCCGAGGCUGAAGCAUCAGGGCGGUGCUGAAUCUGCAAGUCCUCUCCGCCCUGGCCUCCUGCACACCUCUUUCCCCCUUCAGAUCUGCCCAUGGAUUCCUCUCAACUGCUGUGCCAUGGCCUCUCAGCCCUGCACCUGCUGGGAUCCAGGCCUUCCUGCCCAAAUCCCCUGCUGAGCACCCUGAUCUGGGGUGGCUCAGGGCAGCCCAGCCUCCCCAUCGCUGCUCCCCCAACCCAGGCCAUGUUGUGGUGCUGCAACUUGAACAUGUGGUCCUCUGGUCAUGGGCAUCAGCCAGGCCACCUCCUGCUACUGGGGGAGCUGAGGAGCUGAGAAUAAGCUGGGAGCUGGCGAGGUGAGAGUGGAGAGAGGUGCUGCAGAGCCCCAGGCAGCAGCUAGACAUGAGGUUGUUAGGGGUGAGGGAGGGGGAACUGGUGCUAUUGGGAGGAAAGUGUCAAUAAAUGACUCCCAGCCAUA